CUCGUCAGUAGCUGUAAAUUUGUGCUCUGUUAGAAAGACGCGUCGGGGAAGAGAAGAGACAGCAGAUGUGCGGGAAUUGAUUCAAGAAAACAAAAAAAGAAAGCUCGGGUGACCUUCUGAAGACCGACAUCGUCCGCAGAACCUUUUGGAUUUGGGCACGUAGCUGUCUGUUGACCUGUGGCCGUAAACACGAUGUCUGGACAGAGUAUUACAGACAGGAUAACCGCCGCUCAGCACAGUGUCACCGGCUCGGCGAUUUCCAAGACUGUGUGCAAGGCGACCACUCACGAAAUAAUGGGGCCAAAAAAGAAACAUCUGGACUACUUGAUUCGGUGCACAAAUGAGAUGAAUGUGAACAUCCCUCAGCUGGCAGACACACUGUUUGAGAGGACCACCAACACCAGCUGGGUGGUUGUCUUCAAGUCCCUGACUGCCACGCACCAUCUGAUGGUCUACGGUAACGAGAGAUUUAUACAGUAUCUGGCUUCAAGAAACACACUAUUCAACCUCAGCAAUUUUUUGGACAAAAGUGGCCUCCAAGGAUAUGAUAUGUCAACAUUCAUCAGGAGGUAUAGUCGCUACCUGAAUGAGAAGGCAGUGUCCUACAGACAAGUUGCUUUUGACUUUACAAAAGUCAAAAGAGGGUCUGAUGGAGUGAUGAGAACCAUGAACACAGAGAAGCUCCUCAAGACCAUCCCCAUCAUCCAAAAUCAAAUGGAUGUGUUGCUUGAUUUCAAUGUCAAUGCCAAUGAGCUCACAAAUGGUGUGAUCAACGCAGCUUUCAUGCUUCUGUUCAAAGAUGCCAUAAGACUGUUUGCAGCCUACAAUGAGGGCAUAAUUAACCUCCUUGAGAAGUACUUUGACAUGAAGAAAAUCCAGUGUAAAGAAGGCCUUGAUAUCUACAAGAAAUUCCUUACACGAAUGACCAGAAUCUCAGAGUUCCUCAAAGUAGCAGAGCAAGUGGGAAUUGAUCGAGGAGACAUCCCGGACUUGUCUCAGUUCACAGUCUGUGCCCCCAGCAGCCUGCUGGAAGCCCUGGAGCAGCACCUGGCCUCUUUAGAGGGGAAGAAAGUCAAAGAUUCCACAGCAGCCAGCAGGGCCAGCACCCUCUCCAAUGCUGUCACUUCUCUGGCUAACACCAGCAUAUCUUUCACCAAAGUGGAUGAGAGGGAAAAACAAGCAGCUCUGGAGGAAGAGCAGGCUCGCCUAAAAGCUCUAAAGGAGCAGCGUCUGAAAGAGCUCCAAAAAAAUCCAUCUACAGCAACCACAGACUCGUCUCCAGUUUCUACAUUGGACAUUGCAAUCAACUCAACCCCUGCCAUUGACCUCUUCUCGACCCCCAGCUCCAAUAACAGCACCGCCAAAGUAGCCAAUGACCUGCUGGACCUGCAGCCGGCUUUCCAGCAGCCGCUGCCGCUCUCCUCGAACACAUGGGGAGAUCCUUUCACCUCUUCUGCAGAAGCUGUGGAGGAAUCCAUUGCAAACUCAAACCCUUUCCUCAUACUACCUGUUGUCGAUGCUGUCCACCCAUCCACGGCAUCUUCAGACGCUGGCAGUCUGUCCUCUAGGACACCUAGCCAUGAAGUGUUUGAUCAUUACAAUCCGUUUUUUGAUUCAAGCACUUCGCUGGCGUCUGAUCUUGAGGUUUCAGUGUCUCUAGAGCAUUUUGUCACAGACUCCUUCUGUGGUCCAAACCCUUACAACAACACUUCUCUCUUUCAAUCGGAGUCCCCUGCUGUAACUGGUCUGUUCAGAGGGUUUACAGCCUCCCCCCCUGCCCAGCAGCUACAGAACUCUCAGGGCCUAAAUGUCGACUUUGACUCUGUGUUUGGUAACAACACUAAUGCCAACAACCUGGACUCCACAGAUGUUUUAGGUGGAAUCCUCAAACCUACAGUUCCAUCCACAUCUAAUGAGGGCUUGACCCCCAACUGUCAACAGUCCAACAAACUGGUGUCAAAUGACCUGGACUCAUCAUUGGCCAGUCUUGUCGGCAAUCUGGGAAUUGGAAAUGGCACAGUGAAGAAUGAUCUUCAUUGGAGUCAGCCUGGUGAGAAGAAACUGACUGGCGGAACCAAUUGGCAGCCCAAAAUGGCUCCUUCCACCACCUGGAACCCUGCAAACAUGGCACCAUCUGUCAUGGCCUUUCCUGCAACCACACCAACGGGCAUGAUGGCAUAUGCAGUGCCUCCUCACAUGGGCUCUGUGAUGAUGUCACAGCCACCAGUGAUGUACACCCAGCCAGUGAUGAGGCCAGCCAACCCAUUUAGACCCAACCCAGGUGCACAGUCGCCCACAACUUCUAGCCCGUCCAGUUUCAGCCCCCUCAGAGCUCCAGUGAAGGACCCCUUUGCACAUCUCUUUCUGCAGAAUUUCUUAUAGAAACACCUUUUAGAUGCAGUUCAUGUAAUGUGAGGAUGGGAGGCGUCUUUUUCCCAUCUGAAGGUGGACUCGCAACAAAUUCAACUCUUCAGGCAAACCUCCAGUUUGCCGUUAACGAACUCUCCUCUUUCUGAGAAUCUAAGACUUGUUGAAUAGGAUCGCUGUGACUGGGAGCGGCUCCACAGUGGACUUCGUGCCCAUCUCAUCAUGUCGACGAGUGCGUGCUGCCAUUUAAAACAAACAUGGACAGGGAUCACUCUGUGCCCCGCCCCCUAGAGACUAAGAACACCCACAGGGAGGGGCCAUCUUCACGUCACUUUCUCUACCUGGGCAUGAACUCGGGCGUCAUCACACAUGCACACUGAGCUUUCUUUUCUUUUCUUUUUUCCCUUUACAGCCAUCCUCAGAUUAGAAGAAAUUCAUGAUUUGUUUAACUUUUUUUUCUUUUCAUAUGCUUGCAGUACACAUUCCUUGUCCAUUGUUUGUAUUUAUUUAUGAUUACGUUCAGAGAUUAUGACUUAUUAAAGGAAUUGGUUGCAGACUUCGUCGUGGCGGCAGGUCUUCGGGUUUAUAGGAAAGUAUGGUUGACUGUAGAAUUGGAUUUUGAGUGCUUGAGAUGAUUUUUAAACAAAAGAUAAUAUAAAGUUUAAAGAGGUGACACGUUUUGCUGUUUGGCACAAAUUUCUGUACUCGCAUGAUGCCUUGUACAGUUGUUUGAGGAAUCUCACUGUUUUAAGGAAAAAAAAAGUUAACAGCGUCAAUUUGGUGGGGGGUGAACCUCUGAAUUUGGCGAAGGAAUAUUUUUUUUUUCUUCACAUUGGCAGAAGCACUACAGUUCAUGACUGAGGCAUUGCAUUGGAAAGGAAUCUGCAUUUAUGCUUCUUUGGCUUUUGGCAUGCCAUUUAUUCUUAUAUUUAACAAAGCUGCUGGCUGCCCCUCUUCCAGGCUGAAUGUGCAGGGUCACUUUCAUGGUCGGGUCGUGUUUCCAGAGGCGAGCACUGUGCCACUCGGGACAAAGUGAGGGCAUUGGGUCAAUCUGUAUCGCACUGCUAGACUAGAGCGAGGGGGUGGGUGGGUGUCUCUGAGCCGCAGAGGGGUCCAGUUGUGCAGGAGAAUAGAGCACUGUUGAUCGGUGCUUUGUGUAUAUAAAACUGAUCCUGCCAAUCACACGGAGGGGUGGGUGCAGGUAUGAAAGACGGUCUGAACAUGAAAGCGGCCCUUAAUCCAUUAACUGAGCAUAUUUGCUGCAUUGCCCAUGCAGAUUAUAUUUUUGGUUUAGCUUUUCCAAUAAAGUGCAAGCUUCCACAC